CGCUCUAAGUUUAAUAAAAGGGAGAGAAUAUUUGAAAUCAACGGCUCAGAUCAAAACCAUCAGUUCAACGGUUAAGAUUAAUUCUAAUUUCUUCUGUGUUUUUAAGCCUUCUUCCUUCGAGAUCCUUCUUCUCAGAAAAGCCCUAGAAGAACAUUGAUUGAAUCGGAAAGCUUCGAUCGGAAUUAAUGGCCGAUGAACAUAAGCAUGAAGAGUCUUCACCUAAGUUGGAUCCAGCGGUGGAGGUUGUAGAGAGAGAAUCGUUGAUGGAGAAGUUAUCAGAGAAGAUCCAUCACAAAGGUGGUGAUUCGUCGUCGUCGUCGUCAUCAGAUGACGAGAACGAGAAGAAAUCGUCUUCGUCUCCGAGGUCUUUGAAAUCGAAGGUUUAUCGUUUGUUUGGUAGAGAGAGACCUGUUCAUAAAGUUCUCGGCGGUGGAAAACCGGCGGAUAUAUUUAUGUGGAAGAACAAGAAGAUGUCAGGUGGAGUAAUUGGUGGUGCUACAGUAGCUUGGGUGUUGUUUGAAUUGAUGGAGUAUCAUCUUCUUACUCUGUUAUGUCAUGUGAUGAUUGUUGCUCUUGCUGUGUUGUUUCUAUGGUCUAAUGCUACCAUGUUUAUUCAUAAGUCUCCACCAAAGAUUCCUGAAGUUCAUAUCCCGGAAGAACCACUUCUUCAGCUUGCUUCGGGGUUGAGAAUCGAAAUCAACCGUGGUUUCUCUUCUCUUCGUGAGAUUGCAUCUGGAAGGGAUCUCAAGAAAUUUCUCUCUGCUAUUGCGGGAUUGUGGGUUCUGUCAAUCUUGGGCGGCUGCUGUAGUUUCUUGACAUUGUCAUACAUAGCUUUGGUUCUGCUCUUCACUGUUCCUCUUCUCUACGACAAGUACGAAGACAAAGUAGACUCAUACGGUGAGAAAGCAAUGGCUGAACUGAAGAAGCAAUAUGCUGUGUUGGACGCAAAGGUAUUGAGCAAAAUCCCAAGAGGACCUUUGAAAGACAAGAAGAAAGAUUAGGUUUUUUUUUCUGUGCGUUUUUCUUUUGAGUGCAAUACUCUGGUUAAUUAAGAUGUGGGUUGUGUUGUGAAUUGGUAAAAUCUAAAAAAGGUUAUGUUGUUAGAGAAUCUCUAUUCCGUAUUUUACCUAACAAGUUUGCUUCUUUACAUUUGUUUUUCGGUUUUGGUGUUGUUGUGGGCAUGAAUGGGGACAAAAUUUGUAACUGUUCUCUUGGUCUUUAUAUAUGUAUUUAUGUAUUCUUGAUCUUGA